GUCCAACAGAGGACAGAGGCUUGUUGUUGUUGUCUGUCCGCCUCGUAAAGACAAACGACACGGGCACGAAACUGUGUUGGAGUGAACAAAACAAUACUGUCCAAAUCUUGCACGUCGACAGCGUGGUCCCGGGAAAGGUUGCGCGUGCAUGUUUGGCACACACGCGCGCCGUUAUACCCGCGUGCGUGUUGCUGAGUCAGGCGCGACCAGUCUCUCUCUCUCUCUCUCACACACACACACACACACACACCUCUUUGCCGGUGAGACUUUUGUUUUAUCCGCCGACGUCAUUCACACGGUAUGGACACCGACGCUCCUCUCCCCUCGCCUCUAAUUGUUUUUCCCACCGACUGACAACUUGUUCGUCCGUUAGCGCAUUGGGCUGCCCAUGGGCGCUGCUGUUUACACACUCUCUGCUGCUCCGGUUUGGCUGGGCUGUCCCGGUGCACCUCUGCGGUUGUUUCGGGACUGGUAUCGGGCUCGGGCUUUUUUUAUGAAUGAAUAACGAAACUGAGGGGGGUGAAAUGCCAGUGACUGUGAAACUCCCCCAGCAGCAGCAGCAGCCGGGCUCCCGGGGGGCCAGCCACGGAUGAGAGGGGAUACACGGCGGAGCGGAGCCGCGGCUCAUUGCGGAAAAGCCGAGUCUGACUGCAGACUGGCGUGGAAACGCACCGCGAGGGAAACGGGCUCCAUAGCGUAGAGCACAGCGGAACAAAACCGCGGUGACCACAAUGUCCAUCCACAUUGUGGCUCUGGGCAGCGAGUGCCCUGGAGGAGUCGGGCCCGGAGAGGAGAUCAUGGGCCAGGGGCAACUGCAGGGAGGUCUUCUGUGGAGCUACCUGGGUCACGGGGCGCUGGUGGGACCCUGCGACCUAGAGAGCAGCCUGCACAACCCGGCCUUCAUGGAGUACACCUCACGUGUGUUUGGGGAUGUCACUGUUGUGGUUCGGGAUUGUCCCAGCUGGGACUUGUUGGAUAGCGAUUGGGCCAGCGUACGGAAAGUUCUUGAGCAGGCGGACAUCCUGGUCAUUAAAUAUUCAGUCACUGACAAGCUGGCCUUCCAGCAGGUGAGGAAUGGCUACGCCCCGAGACUCCGCCCGCUCCUGAGGCACUGGGGUGUGCCUGUCAUCCUGGUCGCUGUUGGAGCUCGGCUCAAUGAUGAAGGCCCCCCGUGUACGUGCCCGCUGUGUGCGUCUGACUGGAGCAGCUGUGUUCCUCACAGUGAAGGUCUGCAGCUGUCUAGGGACCUCGGGGCCACCUACCUGGAGCUGCCCUCACUCAACCAUGUCUUUGUGGGCCGCUACUUCGGCAGCGUGCUGGAGUACUUCAUGAUUCAGUGUCUAAAACACAAAGCCAAAGAGAGACCAGAGAAGAGGCGAGGAAAUAAAGUCAACGAGCUUCGUCCCCCUCAUUUAGAACAACCAGCACGUCUUCCUCCUAUCCGAGUAGAGGAGUCCAGCUUCUCCCAAGACAUGCAGUGGUUGUUGGAGCGUGGUGUGCAGUUCGCCGACGUGGCUUUCUAUGCCGGGGACUCUGGGAAAGAACUGGGGUGGGCGCACGCUGCUGUGCUGUGUGCUGUCAGCCCAUAUUUCAGACAGCUGCUCCUGGGGCCGAAGACCAGGGAACGUCCCCAGUCACGAUGUGUUUGCAGAGAGCGGGAUGGAGGCCCACAUUCGUUGCUCUCCACUUGGGAUGGGGCGAUUAUUGAUGACAUGCCACGAUCGGAGGGGCACCUGACUGGACGUCUCUCUCGUCUAGUGGUCAAGGACCCCCUUCUGUGUAUGUGCUUGUGGGAGACUCUCAUGUUCAUUUACAGAGGAGCGUGGGAGUGGGACCACCUCCAGGAGGCCCUGGAGGAGAAGCUGAAGAAUUCACUAGCAGUGGCUCAGCUUAUGGAGCGCAUACGAUCCCUCAUCGGCAGAGAAAGGGGCCCCAGGGACACCCCGAGUGCACGGGCAGCCCAGCUUGGCCCCCAGACUCUUGUCAACCUCUUCAAUUCUCCUCUUUACUCGGAUGUCAUCUUCAUGGUGCAAGGGAGUGUAUUGCCAGCCCACCGGGCAGUGCUUGUGGCACGCUGUGACGUCAUGGCGGCCAUGUUCAGCGGCAAAUAUGCCGAGGCCCGGAGUCGAGUGGUGCCCAUCCACGGUGUCUCCUCGGACACCUUCCUGUCUUUCCUGGAGUAUCUCUAUACUGACUCCUGCUGUCCUGCCAGUGUGCUGCAGGCCAUGGCGGUGUUGGUCUGUGCUGAGAUGUACCAAGUGAAACGUCUGCAGCAUCUGUGUGAAGUGUGCGUGUGCGCUUACCUUCAGAGCAUGCCCAGCAGAGAGCUGUCAUCAACCGGUAUCAGCGUGAUUCGACUACUGCGUCGAGCAAAGUGCCACAAUGCAGAGCAGCUGUAUGUAUGGCUCCUCCACUUUAUCGCCAACAACUACCUGAUCUUCAGCCACAAACCAGACUUCCUGGAGCUCUCAGAGGAGGAGCGUGAGCAGGUGGAGAGGCUACGCUGGCCAUCCAGAGGCUACCUGCAGGAGCUCAGUGAGUACCAGCAGCGGCGCCGCAAGCUACGCAAGUCCCGCUGCAUAGUCAUGUGACCCCAACCUGGAUGCCAAAAUC